UUCAGUGAACAGACCCGGAUGAAGCUGCCAUUGGGGGGAAGUGAACUGGGCUGCACAAUAACUGGGGGUUUGUUGGAGUAGGAAAAAAACAGUAAAAAGAAGACCUUAAGGGAUAUAAAUGGUUUAUAUCUUUAAACGGAACACUUGAAAGUACCACCUCACCUUCAAGCUGGAAUUUAGAAAAGACCAGAGGACUGGAUUAGCUGAAUCUUGCAGUGGAACUUGUGUUGGGGAUUCGUGCAGUAAAAAAACACAGCUAGCUAGCUAGCUUGCUACUGUACUGGGAUCUGAAGGAAACACGGAUUUUUCGGAAGACAUUGACAAGCUAUCUAGUUUCAAGGUUUCAUACGAAUCCGGAUUGUUUCUUGAUGAAUUAUGUCUACCACCAGCAUUGACCCUCAGACAUCAAAGGGACAAGAUGCUAAAGUUUUUCCUGUUUCAGUGCAAAAUGGCUCGCUCCAUCAGAAGGAAACUGUUCAUGACAACGACUUUGAACCAUACCUCACUAGCCAGUCCAAUCAGAACAACAGCUAUCAAUCCAUGACCGACCCCUACCUGUCCAGCUACUAUGCACCCUCCAUCGGUUUCCCCUACCCUUUGAGUGAGGCCCCGUGGUCAACUGGUGGGGAUCCCCCGAUCCCUUAUCUUGCCCCCUAUGCCCCCCUCAGCAAUGGCGACCACCACUUCAUGCACGACACUGUUUUUGGACAGCCGGGGGGUCUGGGCAGCAGCAUCUACCCCCACCGAUUUAACUUUUUCCCUGAGAACCCUGCCUUCUCGGCCUGGGGCACUAGUGGCUCCCAGGGGCAGCAGACUCAGAGCUCUGCGUACGGGGGCAGUUACAGCUACCCCCCCAGCUCUCUGGGUGGCACCCUGGUGCCGGACGGGCAGACGGGGUUCCACAGCGACACAUUGAACAAGGCCCCGGGCAUGAACAGCCUGGAGCAGGGCAUGGUGGGAUUGAAGAUCGGCGGCGACGUCACGGGUGGUGGCUCGGGUGUCAAGACAGUCGGCUCGGUGAUCGGUGGCGGGGCUGUGGCCGCCACCGGCAACGGGGGCACCCCCAUCGGCAUGCCGCCACCCAAGCCCACCUCCUGGGCAGCCAUCGCCAGCAAGCCGGCCAAGCCGCAGCAGCUGAAGGUGAAGGCCAAGCCCGGCAUGCCCAUGGCCGGAGGUGCCCUCCCACCGCCGCCCAUCAGGCACAACAUGGACAUCGGGACUUGGGACAACAAGGGGCCCGUGACCAAAGUGGCCUCCCCCUUGCCCCCCCACCACCAACACCAGCAGCAGCAGCAGCUCCACUCCCACGGUCACUUGCCCCCCCAUCACAGCAUGCCCCCGCCCCCCCAGCAGCCCAUGCCCUCCAACCAGUCGCUCGCCCAGCAGAUGGCGCUGCAGGGUCCACCCCCGCCCCAGCCCUACCAGAACCACAACCCCAUCCCGCCGCCGCAGACCCGCUGGGUCGCCCCGCGCAACCGUAACCCCGGCUACAGCGGUGGCAGCAUGGACAGCAGUGGCUCAUCUAGCGGGGGCGGCGGUGUGGGGAACGGUGGCGGCGGCGGACCCCCCGGCUCAGGACCCGGCAUAGAGUCGCACCCGGUGUUGGAGAAGCUGCGCGCCGCCCACAGCUACAACCCCAAGGACUUCGACUGGAACCUGAAGACCGGCCGCGUGUUCAUCAUCAAGAGCUACUCGGAGGACGACAUCCACCGCUCCAUCAAGUACUCCAUCUGGUGCAGCACGGAGCACGGCAACAAGCGGUUGGACGCGGCCUUCCGCGCCGUCAACGGCAAGGGCCCCGUCUACCUGCUCUUUAGCGUCAACGGCAGCGGGCACUUCUGUGGCGUGGCCGAGAUGCGCUCGCCCGUGGACUACGGCACGAGCGCGGGCGUCUGGGCCCAGGACAAGUGGAAGGGCAAGUUCGACGUGGACUGGCUGUUCGUGAAGGACGUGCCCAACAGCCAGCUCCGGCACAUCCGGCUGGAGAACAACGACAACAAGCCGGUGACCAACUCGCGUGACACGCAGGAGGUGCCCCUGGAGAAGGCCAAGCAGGUGCUCAAGAUCAUCGCCACCUACAAACACACCACCUCCAUCUUUGACGACUUCUCACACUACGAGAAGAGGCAGGAGGAGGAGGAGGUGGUCAAAAAGACCUAUGAGCCUGCUCCCAUUCAGAAUCGCUCCCGACUGGAUCAGGAACGCCAAAAUCGAAGUAAACAAUAGAAGACUGCACCCCAUAGCUUGAUCAACGGUUGUUUUAGGACUGACAUUUUGAAAUUGGAAUUUAAGAGGACAUGAAAGAAGAAAUUAUAAAAACAAACAACAUUAUUGAAAAAAAAACAAUCUUUUUGUUUUUCUAUUUAAUUCUGGUGACUUCGGCCAGCAUCGAACUUAAGCCUCUUUCUCCUGACCCCCCCACCCCACCCACCCAUCCAACCAACCACCUCCCCUGUCAUAGGCCGUGUCAGGGGGGGGGGCAUCGUCAGCCAUCGCCUAUCAAAUUACUUUAUCUUUUUUUUUCUCUCUUUUUCUAUCAUUCAGUAUGAUUUUCAUCCACCCCUUCUGCUCAUCCUUAAUGUUGACCAAUAUCUGCACGUUGUCUUUUUGUUCUGUCAGCACAUUGCUCAUGAAAGUCAAUGAGUGCAAUUCAGCGAUUGUCAAGCCUAUGACGUGUGAGUGUUUUGGUCAUGUAAAUGCUUUUGUGUCGUAGUCUGUGGAGGGGUGAACGUUUGGGUGACAAGUGAUUGAGCCCAGCAGGGGUUUGACCACAAUUGUACUUGGCCAGUUUUAUUUUGUACAGUCAAAAAAGAAGACAUGUUAUGUGAUACCUUUUUGUUGUCCAUUCGGAUGAAUAUGAGAUGUGUUGAUUAAAGCAAGGCCAGAAAGUUAUCGUGCAACCCACAGAGAAGGGACAAAGAGCGAUGUGACAUUAAGGUAUUGAUGUAAAAGAAAAUCUAUAUUUUUUUGAAUUAUGUAACACUUGGCUUAUUACUUUUGGUGACAAACAGAAAUGUCAUGUCAGUGUCACAGUACUUUUUCAUUUGUUUUUUUGUUUUUUUUUGUUUCCUGCUUGGAGCCUUAACAUUUUCAAGCUAGUGUGUAUGGUCAACACAGUGAAAUCUAAUAUCAAGUACCUCAAAUGAAACAGCACCAAGUUAUCAGGGAAAAGAGGUCAUCCUGCGCACCCUUACCAAGGGAAGUCACCUUCAUCUCUCCCGAUUGGUUGGAAGGAGGAAUCGUGCCGCUGAAGUUAAGGUUAUUAGCCCCAUGAUAAGAUUGUCACAUUUGCCUAAUCUUUUUUUGUUUUGUUUUUUUGUUCUUGAAGCCGAAUUGUAACUUUUUACUGUUCCACCUGUACCCAUCAGAGGUCGCUGUUUCUUUGUGUGAGUCAAUUUGGGGAAAAUGUAGCAUUCACUGCUUUGAAAUCAAGUUUAGACCUAUCACUUACAGUAUUUUUUUCCCCUCUGUUAACAGAAAUCAGUUAUUUCUUUGCUUUCUUCCCCUCAUCAUCAGUAUAAUGCUAAGCUUUAACGUAGGAACAUAUAAUAACGAAGAACGCCUCAAACGUGUAACCUGAAAAUUAAUGUUACUGAAUUACCGUUAAAAGUAAGAAAAAAAGAUUAUAUGGUUUCUGUGCGUGAUUUUUUAGGACCUGCUUGCUGUUUUGUGUGUGCGUGUUUGUGUGUGAAAGAGAGGGUGUGUAUUGUGUGAGGGAAUCAGAUUUAUAUAAUCAUAUAACAAAUGAUUCAUGAGAAUAUAUGAAAUACUAAAAAAUUAUGAAGCAAAGUUUAAAGUCACCCCUGAAAUGAAUAUGCAUUGUAUCGAAGGUCACUAUCUAUCACGUUCUUAGAUUUGAUCAUGGUCAUUAUUAAAAUAAUACUCUAUGUUGUAA